AAGCACCGAGCAGCAGCCGCCAGCAGCAGCAGUAGGGUCGAGAGUGGUGUUAGUGGCCGUCGCACCAUGGCCUGCCUGAGGGAGCUGUGCGAGCUGGUGUCCGAGUUGAGCUUCCUGGACCCCAAGGAUUUCGCCGCCUGGAAGCCGGGACCCGAGCCCCGGACGGUCGGACCACCCGCCGGCUUCCGCCGCCACUCCACCAGCCAGCUGCCGCCCGGCGGCUCCCGGGCUCGGCUGGCCGACUCCUACUGGCCGCUGCAGCCGCGGGACACGGAUCGACCGUCCGGGCUGUGGCCGGGACUGGGACCGGGACCGAAGCCGAGCCUGGGCCGCUGCACCAGCCACGGGGAGUGGGCGGAGGAGCCGCGGGUCGCCCUGCCGCCGCCGCCGCCCUCGCCCCGCUACAAGACCGAGCUGUGCCGGCCCUUCCAGGAGAACAGCUUCUGCCGCUACGGCGACAAGUGCCAGUUCGCCCACGGCCUGGCCGAGCUGCGGGCCCUCAGCCGCCACCCCAAGUACAAGACGGAGCCGUGCCGCACCUUCCACAGCACCGGCUUCUGCCCGUACGGCAGCCGCUGCCACUUCAUCCACAACCCGGAGGAGGAGCGAGGGCCCCGGCCUCGCCUGCGCCAGAGCGCCAGCUUCUCCGGCCCUCUGGGGCCUUCAGCCUCCGGGCCCGCCGACCUCGACUGGGCCACGCUGCGGGCGGCCUUCAGCCCCGACCUGGAGGUGGAGUUGGCCCGGACGCUGGGCCUGAACUGCUGCUCCUGCCGACAACACCGCCGCCGUCAGCAGCAGCAGCCGGCGCCCGGCCUGCCCCUGGCCGGCAGGAGCCCGUCGGCCGACUCGCUGUCCGACCAGGAGGAUUCGGGCAGCAGCGGCUCCGAGUCGCCCGUCUUCGAGCAGGCCCGGCGCCUGCCCAUCUUCAGCAGGAUCUCUGUGUCCGAGUGAGGGCGGGGGGGAGGCCCGGGUGUGACUGGGGAUAGGCAUCACUGGGUGUGUCCCUGUGUGGAGUGGGGUGGUCCUGAGGGUCACCCCCUCUCCCCCCCGGGUGUGUGACUAGGGGUGGGAGGUUGUCUUGGCAUCACCCCUCCCACCUUCACUGGGUGUGGGACCCCUGGGUGCCUCCCUGUGUGGAGGGAGGUGGUCCUGAGGGUCACCCCCUCUCCCCACUGAGGAUUGGAGGUUGUCUUGGCAUCACCCCCCCUCACUGCCCUUCACUGGGUGUGAGACCCCUGGGUGUGUCCUUGUGUGGAGCAGGGUCAUUCUGAGUGUCACCCUCACUGCCCCCCCCCCCACUCCAGUGUGUGACUAGGGUGGUCUCUGGGUGUAGCCCUCCCUCUAUUCCCUUUAAACCCUUGGGUGCUGGCACCUGGCUGGCCUUAACUGGGGUGUGGGGGUGGGUGUCUGUGGGUGGUGGGCCACUUGCCCUGAUGUAGCAGAGCUGGGUAUCAUCCGUUAGCUCCGGGUAGAAGGGUUUGCUCGACCUAUCCCAGCUCAAACCGGGUAAUCGGGUACCUACAGUACAAUGCAUUAACCUACUUGUACCAAGUGUUUUUACAAACCUUUUCUAAGCUGUCUAAUGCACAAUAUAGAUUAUAUUUAAAUUAUUUAUUGAAGAUUUUGGAAUGUUUGUAUAUUUAAUGAUAUAGCACUAUAUUUUUAGAUAAUUUAUGAUCUUUUUAAAGAAACUUGUCCUGAAUGUAUCAAUUAAUAUGCUAUCCAGUGCCUUAUAAUUUGAAAUGAAAUAAAAUUAUAAUGGAAAUUCUGGUUUUGAA